AUGAAUACGAUAUUUUUUACAUGCAUCUUUCUGCUUACUAUUUCGAAUUUAUCACACGCCGCUCAUAUUCGACAUGAAUGGAAGCUUCACUAUGCAACAUACAACCCCGAUGGUGUGUAUCGUACAGUCAUUUGUAUUGAUGAUGGUUCAGGCAAAUUCAAAUAUCCUGGUCCAACUAUUCGAGCUCAAAAGAAUGACAUCAUCGAAGUCAUUGUUCACAAUGAAUUACCAACCGAAGUAACAUCAAUCCAUUGGCAUGGUGUACAUCAAUUAAAUACGCCAUGGAUGGAUGGAGUUUCUUACACAACACAAUAUCCGAUUCUACCACUACAUUCAUUCAACUAUACAUUCGUAGCCAGUCCUGCUGGCACACAUUGGUAUCAUUCACAUACGGGAGCUCAGUACGCCGAUGGUCUCUAUGGUAUUCUCAUUAUCGAAGAUCCUAAUGAUCCGUAUAAACAGUAUCAUGACAUUCCUCUUAUCAUGACCGAAUGGUUUCAUCGCUAUGCCAUCGAUCAAUUCGAUAUUCUUACCAUUCAUCCGACGGUACACCAUCAUAAAUUUCCACAUUUCGUAUCUGGUACUAUGAAUGGAAUGGGGCGCUAUAAUUGUUCACUAAUCGAUCAGUCACUGCUGCUGCUCAAUAAGACAGAAGAAGAACAAAAUCAACUAGGUGAUCAACUUCUCUGUAUAUCAAACCGACCUUAUGAACGUUUCACUGUGGUUUACAAUGAAACCUAUCGAUUUCGCCUGAUUGCUGCUGGUAGUGAAUUCAAUUACAAAUUUUCAAUAGACAAUCAUGAAUUAACGGUAAUUGCGAUCGAUGGUGUGUACGUCGAACCAUACAAAGUUCAACAACUCUGGAUUUACAUCGGUCAACGAUACGAUGUUCUUGUCACUAUGAAUCAACAAUCGUCCUUAAGUGCUUAUUGGAUUCGAGCAGCUACUACAGCAAACGAUAACGACCAAUUUUAUGCUAUUUUGCAUUACAAUGGUACAAAAAAUGGAACUGCUGAACCACCAUCAUCAGUUCUUCCACAGUAUCAAAAUUUCUUGCUUAAUUCCAUGUCACUCAUACCUUCGAGUGCCAACACUGACUUCUCGCUCAAACCACCAGACUUUAGCGAAACGUUGACUGUUCCGAUCAACUGUGAGCCCGAAGCACAUCGCUGUACAGUCAAUUCGGUUAGCUAUAAAAUGCCACGUGAACCAUCAUUGUAUACACUGUACACACGUGGUAUUCAACCAGGAAAUGCGGCCAAUGUGUUCAAUUUGAAACUGAACGAUCAUGUCAUGAUUAUUGUAAAUAACUUUCAAAAUUUUGGCCAUCCAUUUCAUCUUCAUGGCCAUUCUUUUUAUGUGCUUGGUGUGGGCAAAUACAAUGCAUCUGGUACUGGUGGGCCCACCAUAUUCGAUCCCGUACGUGAUAGACACACGCUCAAUUUUAUCAAUCCACCCUAUCGUGAUACCGAACAAGUGCCUGAAUUGUCUUACAUAGUCAUCGGUUUCAUUGCCAACAAUCCAGGUUCAUGGCUCUUCCACUGUCAUAUUGCUUGGGAUAUGGAAGCAGGUAUGACAGCAGUCUUCAAUGUAGCCGCUGAUCGAAUUUCACCACCACCAGCCGAUUUGCCUAUUGUGAUCAGCUAUCAAAAUAGAAAUAGUUCAAGCAAUAAAUCUCAGUCGAUAUUGACUGUGUUCUUGCUAAUCAUCUCUGUUUAUAUGUGUAACUCUUGA